GCAACCCGAUGACAUCAUGUGUUCGGGGCUGAAUCGCUCCAUAAAAGCAGCCCGCGGGGAGCCGGGAACCCAAAGACCAGAAGCGCUGGCCCUGGCGCCCCGGCUGCGCGCACGAGGUCCCGGUGCGCGCCCCGCCCGCCCCAGCGCCCCAGCCAGAGAGCCAGCGGGAGCCCAGCCGCCCGCAGCCCGCGUCCGCCUCCCGCCCCGAGGAGCCGCCCGAAGAUGCCCCACCGCAGCCUGCACGCGGCCGCCGUCCUCCUGCUCGUGGUCUUAAAGGAACAGCCUUCCAGCCCAGCCCCACUCAACGGAUCCAAGUGGACCUAUAUAGGUCCUGAUGGAGAGAAGAGCUGGUCCAAGAGCUACCCAUCAUGUGGGGGCCUGCUGCAGUCCCCAAUAGACUUGCAUGAUGACAUCCUCCAGUACAACGCCAGCCUCGUGCCCCUUGGCUUCCAAGGCUACAACGCGUCUGCCAACCAGAAAUUUGUCCUGACCAACAAUGGCCAUUCAGUGAAAUUGAAACUGCCCGAGGAGCUGCAUGUCCAGGGCCUCGGGGCCCGCUACAAUGCCUCACAGCUGCACCUGCACUGGGGGGACCAGGAUGACCCUCACGGCUCUGAGCAUACUGUCGGUGGGAGGCACUUUGCUGCCGAGCUGCAUAUGGUCUAUUAUAAUUCGGACCUGUACCCCAAUGCCAGCAUUGCCAGUGACAAGCCAGAAGGCCUCGCGGUCCUAGCUGUUCUCAUAGAGAUGGGCUCCUUCAAUCCAUCAUAUGACAAGAUCCUCAGUCACCUUGAAGAUGUAAAGUACAAAGGCCAAGAAGUGUCCAUUCCGGGUUUCAGCAUUGAAGAGCUGCUGCCGGAGAGGCCUGAAGAGUACUACCGCUACAGAGGGUCCCUGACCACACCUCCUUGCUACCCCACUGUGCUCUGGACGGUUUUCCGGAACCCUGUGCAAAUUUCCCAGGAGCAGCUGGUGGAUUUGGAGACAGCCCUGUACUGCACAAAGGUAGAUGACCCAUCCCCUAGAGAGAUGAUCAACAACUUCCGGCAGGUCCAGAAGUUUGAUGAGAGGCUGGUGUACGUCUCCUUCCGACAAGACGGACAUUUAACAUCUCGACUUGCCUGGUACCUACAUCAAGACAGCUGGAAGCUGGGGGCCUCGGGAAAGGGCAAGAUGCCAGUGGAAGAUGCAACUCCUGAGCCAGCCGGACAGGUAGCAGUGCCCCAUGGCGAGCAGCUUAAUGAUCUUCUCGGGGGCAUCGCCCUUUCCGUGGCCCUGGCUGGCGUUCUUGGUAUCUGUAUUGUCCUGGCCGUAUCCAUUUGGCUUUUCAGGAGGAAGAAGAGUAGCAAAAAAGGUGCCAACAAAGGAGUCAUCUACAAACCAGCCAUCAAGCAGGAGACUGAGGCCCACGCCUGAGACCCCGGCAUGCCCAGGCACGUCCAAGGAAGGACUUGGCUUUGGACGCAACCUGCUGUGGCUCCCUGGACACCUGAAAUACCCGAGAGUUCUCUGGAGCUCAACCCACAAACAACCCUUGGGGGACCCUGCCCCCCCCAUCCUGAUGCCAUGCCACCCCCAGUGGGAGCAUGGAUGGGAAGAGCUCACCAAGGAGACAGCGACUCUGAGCUGCCUGCUUCAUCCGUGGGAGACCAUUAAGUGAUCCGGAUUCUGGGGACACAAAUCACGUCGCCCGCUGGGGGCUGUUAUUGGCUGGAAAACGCUUUUAUCCAGGGCUUCACUUGAGUGUGGUGUCAAGUGUCCUGGGAAUUCUGCUUCUUGUCCAUGCUUUCAGACCAGAACACGGACUCUCUGCUUAGGCUUUGCUCUUGAGACUCAGCUUCUUUCCUUGGGGAAGGGCUUGUUGUCUGAUUUCCUUCUACUAUGACAGAACCUUUAGUCUGACCUUACAGCUGGGGGGAGGGGCAACAGGAAGGGUCAAGGGGUCCAAGCCAAAAAGAAAACAAGAUACACCCUCUGUAUUAUAGCAGAGGCAUUUUCCAAGUCCUGCCCUUUGAAUGAGACGCACUGAACGGACCUUACAGAGAGAGAAGACACGUAAGAUCUGGAAUGAGAAGUGUGGAAUGAGAACUGACAUCAGAAGUUCAUUGUCAAGCCGUAAGUAUGAGGACAGAAUAUGAAGCCCAACCCAACCUCCCGUCAGGGGCGCAUUACGUUUCAUACUCUACGGAUUUUAUAAACCAUUUGGCUGUUCCUUGAAAAUGUGCUGUUGCCUCCUCUCUCCUCGAGGAGACAUGAAUUCUGAGAUGAUCUAAGCUGCUUUUGUGUCCAGAGGAAACAGAAGCAACAUGGUUGAAGAGCUUGGUCUCUCCUGCCCCAAUUUCUUCGCUGCCACCUUUGCAGUCUGUGUCCCUACUGUCCGCCUGGAACUGGGACCUACCUACUUCUCUGACUUGGAAGAUUCUGAGUCAUGGCCGAAUUAAAAUACAUGUUCGUACGACGAAAGCAGGAAGUUAUCUGUGCUGGGGCUGGCAGCAUGGUAUUCAGGGACCAGAAAUAAUGGAAUGUCAUAAAGAUCCUUCAUGGUCUUCCUCCAAGUGACAAAGACAGUUUCUGAGACGACGUAACUCCUUCAUUCUCCUGCCAUCGAUGGACGAGCCCUGUGCAGACCAGUCAGUUCCAUGACUGAGAAGCAGCCCCCCACCAACCUCUCCUGGCGGGCACCUUGCAGUUCACAGAGACACUUCUGAUUCCAGCUCUCAUUCUGACAGCAUGGGAUGUCCUCCUGAAGCAUAAGUUUCUUUAGAUCAUCUUUUCCCCUUUCCUCCUCCCUUGACUCUAAGAAGUCUUCUCUCUUCUCUACUGUCUUCAUUUUUUGUAGGGAUGGCAAGCCUCAUGUCUCUGCAGCUGGUUUGCUAGGCAGAGUUACAGAGGACCCGAUGGAGACUCAGACGUGUGUGUGCGCGAGACCUCUGACCGCCCUGGGGCCUGGGGUGGCAUCUGGGCUUGCCAUUAGCACGCCAGCCUGAUGCUGAUCAAGUGACAGCAGGGACGAGCCUCAGGAUUGAGCACUGGGAAUUAGACGAAGCUUUUUUGGCUUCAUCCCAAA